AUGUUUAAACCAUAAAUGAUAGAAAAUGAAAAAGAUCUUUUUUGUUUAAAUAACCACACCUAACAAAGUAGGUUGGUUUUGUUUGAUCAAAAAAUCCAAAAGAGUCAAAGAAUUUGUUGCAGCGAAUGCUUGUAGACUUUCUAAACAGAUGCCAAGAUUGUGGGAUUAACAAUAAUAAUCUAAAAUAUUGAGGAUGUUAUUCAAAAAAAUGCGAGUUCCUUAGAAGAUAUUACUUCAAACACUAUUCAAAAAAUAAAACUUUGUAUAACAAGUGUUUAGAAUUUAAAGACAAAUUUUAUGAAAUUAUUUGAUUCUAUCAUUAGAACAGCUGAAGAUUGGACUUUAAAUUUAUAAGCAUAAAGAGAAAAAUUCAAUUAAUACAGUUUCUAUGAUGAGUUAGAUAACCUUAUUAAUAAAUAGAAUAAAAAUUUUGACACUCACAUAAAACUCAUUAAUACUAUUAAUAGAUCUUGGAUAACAAAGCUAUGCAAUAUCUUAACCUAAUUCAAUCAAAAUAAAGAUAAGUUAAAUUUGUAAUAAUUUUAUGAACAAGUUAUAAGCAUCGGUUAUUUUAAUUUAUCACCACAAUAUUCUAUAAAAUUGUAAUUAAUUGAUUAAUCUGUUAAAUAAUGGGAAAAAUGUUAAGCAAUAGUUUUUGAUUAUUCUGGGUCAAUUAUGGUAUCAACUCAAAAGAAUGACAUUAGAGUAUGGAAUUUUCUAAAUGGAACAAUCAAACUCGUAAAUACUUUAUAAGAACAUACUGAUUAGGUCUAAUGUCUAGUUUAUAGUAAUAAAUAGAAUUCUUUUAUUUCAUGUUCUUAAGACAAAACAAUAAGGUGCUGGCAAUUGGUCUAAAAUGAAUGGAUUUGUUCAUAGCCUUAUUAAUAACAUACAGAUUAAGUUAUAUUUAUGUUAUUGAAUUCAAAUGAAGAUUUACUAUUUUCUGGAAGCUUUGACAAAUCAAUCAAAGUUUGGAAGGUUGAUUUUAACCAAAAUAAAUUGAAAUUUCUGUAUUCACUGAAUAACCAUAGUAAUGAUGUUGUUUCUUUGAGCUUAAAUUAAUCAGAGAAUUUAUUAGUAUCAUGUGCAAAAGGUUACAAUUAAAUUAUUAUAUGGGAAAGAAAAGAAGAAGAUAAAUUUGAAUUCAAACAUUUUGUUACAUAAUCAUUUUAAGAGUAUGGACAUAAAGUUAAGUUUAUAAAAGAAAAUUAAUUUAUGUUGAUAACUAAUGCUAACCAAAUGGAUAAAAUUUUUAUUUUUGAAAGAAAAGAAGGAGUCUUUUAAGUGAAUGAGAGUAAAACUAUUCAUUUAAUGACAAAUAAUAAAUUUUAUGACGAAUAUCAUUUUCCAAUUAUUUAUAAUUAAGUGAGGAAUUUGAUAGUCCUAAGAUAUAAAAUGUUUAUUUAUAUCCUUAAAGAAUUUAAUGAUGGGAAAUACAAAAUAGUUGAUUAAUUGAGUUGUGCCACAUAUAGUAUUUAUGGAACUAUCACAAAUAAUGGACAAUAUUUGGUGUAUUGGGAUAACAAAAAUCAAGGAUAUUCCGUAUAUGAAUUAUUAAAUAAAUGA